AUGUCUAAUGUCGACUGGAUCUUAGUAGAUGGAUUUAUCAUUCGUUCUUGUACGACAGGCAUAAGCAGACAAGCGAAUUGUGGCUCCAAAUUCGCGAGAAUCUAUCAUCAAUUAGUCAUCUCCGCGACCAUCGACGAGUUCGACGAUGUAGGAUGCUUCCGUCACUGCCUAAGAAAGGCGGCACUGCAGAGCCCCGUUCCCACAUCAUACGCCGAAGAUCCUGCGUUUAGAAACUGCGGAGGCUCCGCCGUAGCCGGAGCGUACAGAUACCGAACGAAGGAAAUCGACAACGGGGGGUAUGCUAAUAUCCUUCCAGUCCGCGCCGAAGCCUUGAAAGGAGGGGACCUCGAGAUUGGGCGCAAGAAUUCUUUCCCUUGUAGAGAAGGACCGUAUAUGACUCAAGCAGGCCGUUCUUCGGAACCAGAAGUCCCUCGCACUGCAUUCCUAUUGGUCACAAAACUGUUCUGUUUUGUCAAGUUCUUAAUUCUCGGCAGAGCAGAACGAUGUCUCUUUGCCAACGAGUAUGUCGUCGGGGGUUUUUCUGACGUGCCGUUGUCUGAACGAGUGUCGAGCACGGCGUUCGUUCAUUGCAGACUUCCCAUUGUCAACCCAGGCUACCACAUCGCAGAGCUGCUUGGAGAUGUGAUGCCUGGGAGACUUUUCACGACUAUUUCCGACGCUGAGGAGCAUCUCAUGGUGACAAUGAUCGUGUCAGACCACAUAAUCUCGGUCACCGCAAUGAAUAUGCCACCGCCUAAUAGACAUGGAUUUCUCUUGGCCCGUCCAUCAUAUGAACAUAACCCCGCCUCCAAUGGAGCAUAUAUCCAACACACGGGCCUCCCGUUUCUCAUCAUGGACAAGAAUAUGUUCCAGUUCAUAUGCCACUAUAGCGUCUACAGGGAUAUUUUCUUCGUCGUGCUUGAGACCCGCUACUACAAGUUUGAUUCGAGAAUUCACCGAGUGCCAUCCCUCAUAGGAUGGAGGGAGAAGGUUGAUGUCAUCAAUUCUUCAACUAUCAUUGCCUCGUCUCCACUCUUCUUCUUCGCUUCGUCUAUGUCCCUUGUCCUCGCCCCGACCCUCAUCUUCAGCGACGGAAUUCUCUUUCGGCAUCAGGCGAGGAAGCAUCUCCUUCAAGGGGGAACGUCCAACUUUGCGAUUACUGUCACUGUGAUAAAUCCUCAGCAUCUAAUAACUUCAGGGAAAAGGCCCCUAUAUUGGGUGAAACCUCUUGGAACGUGGUGCAUUGUUUUCCGCACUAAAUCGGAUGAUAUGGAAAAAAUGAAUCGGGAGGCGGGAGGCCGCGGGAUCUUAGACGUCGGGGGGAACGGCAUGCAUCCGACCAUGAUCUGA